UGAGGAUGCCCACGACGGCAACAAGAAGACGGUUAGGUGGAGGGGGAGACCGGGUGAGGGUUCGCCUCUGAAACUUCCGGGAUCAAGGACCGGCGCCAGCAGCAGAAGAGAGAGAAGAAGAGAGAGAACUGGAGAAAUUCUUCUUCCUACUUCGUAGUACGAUUCCGAUCGAUCCGUCUCCCUGUGGAUCGAUCGGCGGAAGACCCAAUUCGCCCCUGUGACGCUCCCAUUCUCCCAAUAACCCGAUGCUCGAUUCCCGACCAAGAUCAGGCACCCAUCGUCGUUUCUCAUGAGCAUUGUUGGUCGAGUCUUAGGGUUAUUGGCAGCUUCGUGGACGCUUGCCGAUAGAUUUCUCUAGGGCAAGUGUGAGAGAGUUCCCCUCUAAAGUCAAAGAUGCUCAGGAAGAGCCCUCCGAAGCAUCGGCACGAUGGUACGUCGCCUUUGCCCCUCGGCAUGGAUUGGAGCCCGGCCCCUAAGAAGUGGGAUGGACGAGACACUGUUUGGCCGCAUGACCAUCGAACGGGCUGGAGUUAUUGUGUAACCAUCCCUUCUUGGAUGGCGUCACCUGAUUCAAAAGCUUUUGAUGGAAACUUGGUUAAUCCCAUCGUGUUCUACAGGGUUCAGAUCGGUAUUCAAUCACCUGAGGGAGUUACAUCUGUUCGAACAAUACUUAGAAGGUUCAGUGACUUCUUAAAGUUAUUCACUACGCUUAAGCGGGUUUUCCCUAGGAAGAAUCUCCCAUCACCUCCACCAAAGCAUGCUUUCCUGCGGGUCAAUUCUAGUAGAGUGCAGCUGGAAGAGAGAAGAUCUGCUUUGGAGGAAUGGAUGGGAAAGCUACUUUCUGACAUCGAUUUGUCUAGAAGCGUGCCAGUGGCUUCUUUUCUUGAUCUGGAAGCUGCAGCUAGGUCAUUUUUUUCAGGAAGCUCAUUGGUUAAACCUCAGACUUCAUCAGCGAUGCUGGAUUAUGGGAGUGACAAUACUUAUGAGGCUUCUGAUUUGGGAACACCAAGACAAAUUGCUCAUAAUGGAUCUGAAGCUGGAGCAGAAGAUCCUUUAUCUGAUCAAGACUUGACUGUCCCUGCUGGAGCUCUAGCAAAACUUGGAAUUCUUAACCAUGAAAAUGGCCUUCUUUUAGGAGAUUCUACUGCAGAUCAGCAAGAAGAAAUGCAGAAUCAAUUGGGGAAGGAACUUAAUGCCACAAACAGGAGUAGUUCAUAUGUAGAUUCUCAAAAUAACGUGCCUUAUUUUAGUGAUAGAAUGGAUCUAUUACUAGAAAGGGAGGAGCGUACUGGGCAUACUCGAAAACUUUCUUCUGAAAGUAUUACAAGUGAUGUGAGUUCAGUAAGAGGCAGUGAAAUUUCAAAUAUUGGGUCAUCCUAUUUAGCUGGUGAUGGUGCUCUUGAACUUGGUGGAGGUGCAGGAGGUCCAUCUACCUCUGGUUCUUCUUUUACCAAUGAGUUUCAGUUAGGUGAUGUACAGAUAGUCCUUCCCCUUGAUCAGCGUCAGAAAUUGAAUAGGGUUUUAAUAACCUUACAGAGGAGGCUAACAUCAGCAAAAACAGACAUGGAAGAUAUGAUUGCUAGGUUAAAUCAAGAAGCGGCUGUAAAAGAGUACCUUACAACUAAGGUCAAAGAUUUGAACGUAGAACUUGAGACCACUAGGCAGAAGAGCAAGGAAAAUUUACAACAGGCAAUUUUAGUUGAAAGAGAGAGAAUUACUCAACUACAGUGGGACAUGGAGGAACUUCGCAGGCAGUCCUUGGAGAUGGAAGCCAAGCUCAGAUCCGAGCAGGCUGAAAAGAAUCGAGCAGAAGCUACUAAAAAGGCUGCAACAUCUGAGAGGGAACUUUUGCAACAUGAAUUGGAUUCAACGAGAGAACAGCUUCAAAACUUGCAAAAAGCUCAUGAAGAACAGGAGAUGAAAAUGAAGGCAGAUGUAAAAGUUCUUGUAAAAGAAGUCAAAUCUCUGAGAAAGUCUCAAACUGAACUUAAGCAAGAGUUACAACAGUCUCUAAAGGCAAAAUCUGAACUAGAGAGGAUACUUUACAAGGAGCAGCAACGGCGUGAGCAUUCAAGUACUUCAAGAGUUAAGCUAUUACAUGAAUGUGAAGUUCUUUGCAACAGACUUCAAGAAUGUAGUGUCAAUUUUCUUGCUGAAGAGGAAGAUAAGUUCACCGUUGAUUCAUCUUCACUCUCAGAUGCAUUAGAUCUUUUGGCAACAUCAGAUAAUCGAAUUGGACUCUUGCUUGCAGAAGCACAGCUGUUAGCCCAGGAAAAUGAUGGUUCUGUUGGCGCUGCAAAUGAGAGGCAGGGCAGUGAAUCUCAAAGCAGCUUCCAAGUUGAUGGUGAUGAUACAGCUGCCGAUGAGGCUGCAUUGCGCAAAGUACUGGCUGAUAUUCUCAUCGACAAUGCUAGACUACGGAAGCUUGUGAAUUCUGUAAUUCGUUGUGCACUUAAAACAGCACCACAAUUUGAGGAUGUGGAUGGUGAUGAAGCACCAACAAGGAAGACCGUGCUCUACAAGUUUCUUGAAAGAUGAUUGUGAGCCUUCAGAACUACAGAUUCUUAACGUCCAUCAGUGUUCUUCCAUUCUGUGCAUAAAAGAAGCCCCCGUACACCAACCUCUUCUUUAUCUAUACGGAAAUAUAUAAUAUUAUAUUAUAGGAAAAGAAUCCGGAAAUCUUUUCUCAGAUAGCCUAGUGCUUCUGCCUUCCUGCGAAAAAAAAAAAGAAAAAGAAAAGGUAGAAACUCUGUUUUUUUUUCCUGGACCGUCCUUGUACAGUCUGGGACUUUGGACUCUGGUGUCGAGGCAAAAAUGAGAUUCAGAAUUUGCUGUACUACGUGUAUCUUGGAAAUUCUUCCCUUAUUGGACGUCCGUUUUGUUA